CAUCAGGGCCCCACACAAAUUCUGAUAUAAACUUGAUGAUGUUUCCAGCAUCCUAAUUCAUACAGAGCAAGCUAUCUAAAAGUGGCAUACACCAGACCAAUAACUUAAUCAAGAUAUUUCUCGAUUCCAUGGCUUUACAGAGCGUCUGUGGCUGGGAUGUGACCCUCUCAAGGCAAAUUCUGCAGCGUGACUUCUGCAGAUUACCUCAUUUGAAUUCUUCAGGCUAUCCUCGUCUACUUCUGCCUCCCUACAAAGUGACAUCUUCACAUCGCAGCCCCUCUGGUCCUCCACCACCAGCCCAUGGCACUACUACCUUGGCUUUUCUCUACGAUAAAGGGGUAAUGGUUGCAACAGACUCACGCUCUUCAGCUGGAAAACUUGUUUGCAGCCCAGACAGCCGCAAAGCUACUCUCAUACAUAGUCAUCUAAUUGCCUCUACAUCUGGGAGCGCUGCCGAUUGCCAGUUCUUUGGACGAGUUCUUGCAAGGGAGUGUCGCCUCUACCAGCUGCGGAAUGGAUAUAUGCCCAGUGUGAAAGGGGCAGCUAAAAUGUUGAGUACGAUGAUGUUGCCAUUUCGUGGCAUGGAUAUCUGUGCUGCUGUAACUCUGUCUGGUUGGGAUCGGAAUGGACCUUGCAUUUGUUAUGUAUACAAUGAUGGAACCCGUAUCAGCUCUGAUGUCAUCUCUGUGGGAUCAGGGUCUCCUUACGCUUACAGCAUUAUUGAUGAUGGAUACAGACCAGGCAUGGAAGAGGAAGUGGCUCGUCAGCUAGCAAGGCGAGCAGUAUGCCAUGCAGGGAGAAGAGAUGCAUACUCUGGGGGUUUUGUUGAUGUGUAUAUGGUAAAAGAAAGUGGGUGUGAGAAGGAUGCCAGGGAGGAUCUAGUAGCGAUGUAUAAGAGACUGGUUCAAGAGGAAAAGCAAGAAAAAGAAGCAAGAAAAUGAAAGGAGUAUCAUGCCAAUCCCUAGUCUGGUGGAGGGUGAGGAAUGGACACAAAAUGUUGUUUUGAGAAAAAUAAAGGAGUAGUCUUUAUAA